AUGAGGGUGGCAAAAAACACGCAUGUGUUGCCUGUCACGACUUUUCUAGUCUCGACGCUACUUUUCUCGGCCGUUCUUCCUGUCCUCGCCGCUCCCGACAACGCUGCCAGACCGGCAUUGCAAGUCAGGCAUGAAGGCGAAGGCGGCGAUGUACCCAUGGACAUGGGGCAUGCCGAGGACGCCGUUGAGUCGACGCCGACUCGACAAAUUCCGACUCCCGUGGCCUCUACGCUUGGUUCGGCCACUAGCGCUGUCCAUUCAGCCGCGGCUUCCUCAUCCCAUGCCGCUGCUGGGCAUUCUCAUGGGGCGUCUCACGAUCCUCCUUCAGCUCCCCAUUCGCACGGGGGCAACCAAGAGGCCCUGACGGUGCUCAACGACACCGACAUCCAUCGACGGCACAA